AUGUUUUUUAAGUAUUACUCUGUCUUAUUUUAGCUUUGCUCGUUUCUUUCCUCAGCAAUAAUAACUGGAUUCAUUGUUAGCUGACCCUGAUUGUGAAUUAGAAACUAUUUUAUCUGCAGAUAAUAUUUUAUAAGAAAUCAAAGGAAUGGGAGCCAAUAAAUUUGCUGAUCAGUAUAUAAUAAAUAAUCAAUUUUAUAGUAUAAUCAAGCAUCCUGAAAUGUAUUAAAGAAUGAUUAAUUAUAUAAUUUCUGUAGAUGAUGAACUCAUUGAUAAAAAGACUUAAAUAUAGUAAGUUAAAACAUAAAUAUCAAAGAUACCCAUUCUUAUGCAGUGAAAUUUUAGGCAGUUAAAACUAAAAGUUAUUGGAUUUUUUAUUUGAAAGACCAGAGGAAGGAAUUGAAGCAGAUGCAGAAAUGAUUAGAGUUAGCUUGUAUGAUCAAUUGAUAAGCUUUCUUGAAGAAGAUGUCUUCAAUAUGACAUCUGCAGGCUAUUUUUCUAAAGCAUUUCUUGCAAUUAUUAAAAAACGAGGAUUUGAUGUAUCAUUUAUUCAAAUUUUUAGGUAUGGACUCAAAUUAUUAAUAAUAAACAAAUUUUAUCUAAUUUAAUAAAACACAUAGAUUGUAAACAUAUUGCAGAAAUAAUCGAAAAAUUAAUAAUUUUAGAUACAACUUAAGAAUUUACAGAAGAAACAUAUCUUAAUGAAAGAAAGACAUUACUAUAAAGAAUUAUAAUAUUAAUGCAAAAUAAAUAUUAUUGUUCAGAGAUUGUAGAAAAUAUUUGUGAUAUUUUAAUUGAAAUCACUACCAAAAAUAUGAGUUGCUUAUAUUAUAAUAAUCCUGAUAUUGUUCCAUUUAUUGAUUAAAUUACAAGACCAGAAUUAUUAUUUGAAAUUUCAAUUAAAACUUAAAAACAAUAACCAUUAUAGGUUUUAAUCAAUUUAGUGGAAAUGUCUUCAAAAGAAUCUAAAAAAGAAGAGGAUGAUGAAGUAAUUCACAAUAAUGAGAAAGAUUUCUCAAUUUUUUAAAAUAUUGUACCUGAACUCCCUUAAAAUCUAUUAAGUAAACGAUAUUGUGCUGCUAAUUUUUAAAAUUCAAAUUAAGAAUAAGUGUAACCAUUUGGACUACAUAAAAUUAUGCUACUAAAGUUAAUUUAAACUUUUGUUCAGUAUAUCUUUAAUAAUUAUUUAUAGAACAAAUGAUAUCACUAUUAUUGAAGCUCUACUAAAUGCAGGUUUAAUUUAAGUGUUAUAAACUAUUUGUAUUUAAUAUCCAUCUAAUAAUCAAAUUCACAUUAUAACAGAAAAGAUCAUAAAAUCUAUUCUAGAUUUAAAUGAUGAAAAAUUAACAGAAAAUGUAUACUUUAUAUAUUAUUCUAGGUCUUUGAGUUUGGGUAGCUUAUUGAAUUUAUUAUUGGAUAUCAUAUAGAGUAGAAUGAUAAGAAGGGAUAUUUGGCUCUUUUGACUUCAUUAUCAAAUUAUCUCUUUGAAAAAUCAUAUAACUAGAAUAUUCUAUAGUAUUAUAAAGACAGUAAUAUAUAUAUAUAUAAUAAUUAUAGAUUAACAAUGGAUGAAUUUUGUUAAAAAUAGACUAUUCUAAAUCAAUUAAAAAGAGAAACCUUUUUUAUGUAAUGUAAAUCCAAAAGCAAAAUCAGAAGUUGCAGAUGAUCAAGAAUCUGACAUUAUGUCAAUAUUAUAAGUAAUUAUUAUGAUUAAUAAUAAUAGAAAUUCAAUGACUCUUAAUAUGGUUAAUAAAAUUAAGGAGAAUAAUAAGAAUAAGAUAAGGAAACAUAAAAAAAUGAAUAAGAAUUAGAGACUAAUAAUUAAUAAGAUGAUGGAGGAUUAGAAGAUGAUGAAAAUAUAAUGAUGGACAUGAAUGUUGAUUAGGUUUGGAUUGAGGAUAUACUUUAAACAAAAAAGGAAAAUCAAGAUGAUGAAACUUAAGGAAACUUAAAUUAAAAGUCUUUGUAAUCAACCUCAGAUAAUGAUAAAGAAGUCAUUCACAAAGAUUAUAAUGUUUCUUCUUUAUUUAAUCACAGUUUAUUUUGGAAAAUUGAAUAUGAUGAUAAAGAAACAGAAGAUAUCCUAAAUAAUUAUGCGUGAUGAUUUUGUUAUUAAUAAUAGUAUUG